GGUCAAGUGGGUUCCACUGGCCAGGCCGGACAGCCCCAGUCCCUCCUCUCAUCCACGCCGCACCCCCGCAUCUCCGACGCUUCCGUCGACUUCCUUCACUUCCACCCUUGCUCGCCGUCGACUCGCCGAAACCUUGGGUCCUGCAAGCACCGCCUCCCUACCCUCGCCGUCGCGCCCCUCCUUCUGCUCUCCCUCCUGCUUCCGCCGCGUCUGCCCCGGCCUGAGCGCAUAGGUCGCUCGUCCAGUCGCCAGACCAUGCUUCUGCGGCGUGGUUCCCCUCUCUGUGCGCCACAGCCACCAGCGUGCGGCCUUUGCGCUGGAGGUGGUCGCCCCGUUUCCUUGCCGACGCGGUGGGACCUCCUCCCCCGGACCUGCUUCUUGCGGGCUGCGGAGAACAGCGGGCGAGAAAUCAGUUACCAGAUGAAAAACUCUAGAUGGAGGCCUGUGUUUGCCUUGGAGACAGGAGGAUCACCUAACACUGAUGGCCAAGAUUUUGAUGAGGAUAGUGGUUUUCUUGGCAGGACAAGGCUUGGCAGACUAGUCCAAGCUGCUGCAAGGCAACUACUUGAAAAGCUGAACUCUGCCAGAAGCAACUCUCCCACUAAGAUAUUCCUCGUGCUCCUUGGCUUCUACACUGCCAAUGCUUUAGCAACAAUCCUAGGGCAGACUGGUGACUGGGAUGUUCUUGUUGCUGGUGUUGUAGUGGCUGCUAUCGAAGGAAUUGGCAUGCUUAUGUACAGAAAACCGGUCAGUAGACCUCCUGGACGAUUUCAGUCGUUGAUUGCAAUGGUGAACUACUGGAAAGCUGGUGUGUGUCUGGGCCUUUUCGUGGAUGCUUUCAAGCUGGGAAGCUGAGGUCCCUGCAGUCACCUUGUCAUAUUUACCUGUCAGUAUUGAUUUAUUUGUUGAGCCUUUGAUAAAACAUGGAUUUAUGGAAACAAAUGGUCAUUUGCUUAUGGCUCAAGUUUUGGUAAUCUUGCGGUUGGCUGAAGUGUUUAAAGAUAUAGCAGCAGUUAAAGGUGAUCCAUUUCUUGUUGGUUCAUUUUGAUGUUGUGGAACAGGAGCAUCAUACACCUGAGGAUAUACUGCUCAGACCUCGAAGAUGUACAUAUGUUGUGGCCCUCUUACAAUCUUAUGCUGUAACUGAACUCUAGGGAAAUAUUGAGGCUGCAUAGUAACUGUGUGUGUAGCAUGUGAUGUGAUAGUUCGUUUCUUUAUCUUUUUCUAUCUUCUUCCUUUUUGCUUGAACCUAAGCCGGUUCUUCCUUGAACUGUAUGCAAUUUAGUUCGCAUUCUAAGAGCAGGUUCCCAGAGACGAUCCUCUUUC